AUGAUGUUCUCCAAGUCGACCUUCGUCUCUCUUUUCACGCUCGCUCUAUCCGCCUCUUCGGUCAGCGCCAUCCCCCAGCGCGGCACCUUCGACACUGAAACCUUCUGUAAUACCGUGACGCUUUCUGUGUCGACUGUGAUCCAGACCAAGACCGUCGAGGUGACAAAGUACCUCACUGCUCCCGGCUCGCAGGCCACUGGCAAGAACAACAACGGCGGUAACUCCAACAACAACAACGGUGGAGGGAACUCGAAUAACAACGGUGGAGGGAACUCGAAUAACAACAAUGGUGGAGGAAAUUCGAACAAUGGUGGUAACUCCAACUCUAACAACGGUGGGGGGAAUAACAACAGUGGCGGAAACAAGGGCGGCAACGGAAAUGGCAAUGCCCUCACCACCACGAGCAUCUCUGUCACCGCCACCGGCAACAAUGCGGCAACCCAGACUGGCAAGGCUGGCAAUGGCGGCGGCAAGGGCGGUAACGGAAACAACAACGGCAAUGGCAAUGGCAAUGGUGGUGGCAAAGGCGGUAACGGAAAUGCAAACGGAGGCAACGCUCUCGCUUUGCAAACGUCUCUUGAACUUGACCCUUCUGUUGUUUGUGUCAACUUCACCGACAAUGGUCAGAACCCACCUGUCGCUGGCCAGACCGCCUCGACGACUUCCACCAACAACUACAUCAACUUCUGCCUCGAUACUCUGUCGACUACCCCUCUCACCAACGGCCUCCAAGUCCAAACUGGCUCGUGCAACCCCGCCCCCAUUGGUCUUAUCCCUUCGCGGGACAACAUGCCCUCGGCCAAGUUCAUCUUCCCCGGCAACUUCGAUACCAUCCCUGCCAACAAAGCAUUCAACAUCUCGAUGGCCCUCCGUGGUAUGCAAGCCGGCACCUUCACUAACGCGCAAAAGACCUACUUUGCUGCUCCACAGCAGCUCAACAAGCAGGGUGUUAUCAUUGGCCACACCCAUUUCGUUGUCGAGGCGCUCACGUCGCUCGAGCAGACGACCGCCACGGACCCGACCAAGUUCUUCUUCUUCAAGGGUAUCAACGAUGCCGGUGUCAAUGGCGUUUUGUCGACCCCCCUUGCAACUGGUGUCCCCCCUGGUGCUUACCGCGUUUGCUCGAUCAACACGUCUGCCAACCACGCCCCCGCCAUUGGCCCUGUCGCGCAACAUGGUUCGUUCGAUGACUGUGUUUAUUUCACUGCGACCACCGACCCCAAUGCUGUCAGCAGUGUAGCCGCCUCUGGUUCUGCCUCUGCCCUUGUUGCUUCUGCUAGCGCAGUAGCUUCCUCUGGCGUGCUUUCGUCUGCAUCCGCCAGUGCAUUGGCAUCGGGUGUGGCUGCCUCAUCAGUCGCCUCUGCUUCUGCUUCUGUCGCCGUCACUGGCUCCGCUGCUGUGACCGGUACCGCCUCAACUGCCCCUGUUGCUACACAAACUGGUAAGGGCCAACAACAGGGUCAAGGCAAGGGACAGCAACCUGAAGCCACCAGCUCCGCUGCCGUACCAGUUGCCUCUACCGCUAAAGAUGCCCCUGCUGCUGGGAAGCCUGCUGACAAGAACGACAACAAGCCUGGGGCCAAAGACACUGUUGUUGGUGGUGGACUGAAGGAGCCUGUUGCCGCUGCUUCCAGCCCCGCUGCUGAGGCCCCGAAAGCCUCAAGUGCCGCACCUGCUGUCCCAUCACCUGCCGCUGACAAAGUCGACGCAAAGGCUGACACCAAAGCUGACGCGAAGGCUGACGCCAAAACCGACGACAAGGAGAAGCCCAAGGGAAGGCGGUUUGUGCGCGUCCGCAGCAACCGGAUGUAA